AUGACCACCGCCCACAGACCCACCUUCGACCCCGCCCGAGGGAAAGAAGCCGCCCGCGGCGAAGCCUACCACCAACGCCUACUGCCCGCACACAAGACGCUGAAGUUCCGACAAGCGGCGCAAGGCACGCCAGACGAGCAGGCGAGACGGGAUCUCAAAGCGGAACUACUCAGAGCGGAGCGCGCGCACUAUGCGAAGAGAGACGGAAAGGCUCUACCAGAGGAUGCGGAUGAUGACGAUGAUGAGGGGGACGAUGCGGAAGGCGCUACCCCUCUCCACCCGGGAGCAGACGGAGAUACGGAUGAAGACUACGAGGCGAAAAAGCGACGCGUGCUGGAAGAGACGAAAGAUAUUGACGCCGACAGCGUCGCCUCCGAUUCCUCCUCUGAAGCCUCCGACGAUGACGACGACGAAGAAGACGAAACGGCCGAGCUGAUGCGCGAGCUCGCGAGAAUCAAAGCCGAACGCGCAGAGGCUGCCGCCAAAGUGGCGGCAGAGCAAGCGGCGAAGGAUGCAGAACAGCGGGAGAAGGACAUCGCGCUGGGGAAUCCGCUGCUGAAUCCCAAGACGGACAAGGGGGAGUAUGGAGUGAAGCGGAGGUGGGAUGACGAUGUGGUGUUCAAGAAUCAGGCGCGAGGGACGGAGGAGAGGGGCAAGGAGAAGAGGUUUGUGAAUGAUCUGCUGCGCAGUGAUUUUCACCGCAAGUUUAUGCAGAAGUAUGUUCGAUGA